GGGACGGACGACUCCCUCGUCGACAAGGAAAGGAAAACGAGGGGGAAAGAGAAAGACAAACAAGCCAGAAAAGUCUCCUCUCCCCUGCUCCGUUCGUCCGCCCCUCACCGUCGUCGCCCAAUCUCACAUGGCUCGGCGUCUCCACGGCCAAUCCGAUUCCAACCUCACCGACGGCGCGCGCCUCCGUUUCUCCACCUCCAACUCCAGCUCCAGCUCUUCCUCCCGGUUCCUCCUCGCCGCCCCCGCCGACGACGCCUCCCUCUGUCGGAUCCACCGCUGACCGGGCCGCUCCGUCUGCGCCGGCCUGAUCACCGGCUGGUUCUUGGCCUCUUCGCUUCCUGCGCCGCCUAGACGUCGCCAUGGGCAAGAGUAAGAGGAACAAGGGCGGUCGAAGUGGCGGUGGUGCCGAUGACCAGCUUGACGGUGGCAGCGAUGCCGAUAGCGUGACCUCUAUGUCGACUGCGCUGUCUGACCUUCAGCUCGCGCAGGCCACCGAGCAUGUUAGCUCGCAGGAAUUCGUUCUUGACAACUACAUUGACGCUCUCUACGAGAAGAGGGGAUCCACAAGAGAGAAAGCACUGGGCGCUCUUAUCGAUGCUUUUGAAAGUUUUGUGCUUCUUGGUUUAGUGGAAAACAAAUAUGUCACCCUAUUGAGCCAGUUCACCAAUUCAAUUAAAAAAGGAUCUACAAAGGAGGUGUGUCUGGCUUGUCGCUGCAUUGGCUUACUGUCAAUUACACUAGGUGCGGGAAGUAGUUCGCACGAAAUAAUGGAUGAGUCACAUCAACAGCUUUUGAGAGUUCUCCAAACUUGGCCUGAUGCACCAAAAAUGAUCUCUGCACUUGAUUGCUUAGCAGUUGUCACAUUUGUUGGUGCAACUGAUCUUUCUGAAACCCAGCUAUCUCUGAAAGCCAUCUGGGAUGUGAUCCAUCCAAAAUCAGGAUCAAAUGUUGGCAUUGUCAGAAAACCGAAGCCUCCUUUGUUAGCAGCCGCCGUAUCUGCAUGGGCAUUUCUUUUAACAACUGUUGGUUCAUCUAGAAGAAAUACUGAUUCUUGGAAAGAGCCAAUUACAUUUCUCUGUAGCCUUCUUGAAGCAGAGGAUCGUGCUGUGCGGAUUGCUGCUGGUGAAGCAUUAGCUCUGUGUUUUGAGCUAAAACUGCUGGAUGUUUCCUCUAGUUAUGAAGCUGAUGUUGACAUUGACACUAGAGAGACCAGUGGUUCUAAACAUCAACUUUUCUUGAAUAUGCAAGCAUUGAAGGCCAAAAUAUCUGGUCUAGUCUAUAGUCUCUCCAUGGAGGCUGGGGGCAGAGGUGCUGACAAGAAAAAUCUUAAUGAUCAGAGAGACUUGUUCCAACGAAUCUCAGAUUUUAUUAAGAGUGGUGAGUGCCCUGAAGAAUCACUUAGGAUUUCAGGCAAGAAUGGCAUUUUAAGAGUUACAACAUGGCGUGAAUCAAUACAGUUGAACUAUAUGAGGCGGUUUCUUGGGCGAGGAUUCCUGAAGCAUUCACAGGAUAAUGAUUUGCUGCAUGAGAUCUUUGACAUCAAAAUUGAUCGUACUGAAAACAUGUCAACCACUAAAAAGAAAAUGUUUAGAUCCGAAGAAGAGAAAGGAAGAGCUCUGAAGUUGAAUAAAGAGCGUCGUCUAGCUCAGGAGAGGAAACAGAAUAUCUUGAACGAGCAAUAUGGAUAGAACCUACCCAGAAUACCAGAGUUUUUGUAUAGUCGAACUGUUACCAGAUAGCGAGUGCUGUGUAUAUGACGGUAUCGAUGCAAUGUCACAAUGGUGAGGUGUAUUGCCCGGUAUUGAUGGGUAAGUAGAAUACAGUUUCAUACCGAGGAACAUGUACAGCGUCAUGUUUGAAAUUGCUUGCUCCAAACAUUGAGUAUUAUAGAAAGGAUCAUGUCCGUUGUGCUGUAUAGAAUUUUCUCUGCUUGUGCAAAGGAGAUCUUGAGUUUAGUUAAUCACAAUUGUACAGAUCCAUCCGGCUUGUGGAUGUUCGUAUAGCGUGGAAUAUGUUGUUUGUCAAAGAGUUGUUGUUUAUGAACAAUAGAGCCAUUUUUUAUGAA